AUGAAUCAAGAAAUUGUCAGAAUUAUUUUGGAAAAAAAUACAUCAAAAUCAUCUAAAAAACAUUCUUCAUCUCAUGAAAUAUCUAAUGAUUCUAAAGUACAUCUUUUACCCUGUCAAAUUCACUGGGAUGGACCUGCAGAUGUUUCAAAAUAUUUUAAUAUAAGAUCUAUGCCAGAUAAUUCUACUUAUUAUGCAACUUUUCGUGGCCAUGGUUUAGAAGGAAACUCAUUUAUUCUUCCAUCAACAUACGAAGGUGUUAUAUAUGAUACGGAUGAUCAUGUUUCACAAGAUUUUGAACAAUUAAAUGAUGAUUGUUGUAUAAAUAAUACAUGUUUAAAUAAUAUAACAGUGCCAACUAAAAAAUGGCACCAAAUAGGCUCUUUUUCAGCCUUUAAUAUUUGGAAACAAAUUCCAAAUUAUGAUUCAGAAUUUAGAACAUGUAUUAGGACUCUAAAGGAAUGGAUCAAUUUAGCUAAUAUUGUAAAUUUACAAUUUUUCAGUAUUAAACCAAUUUUAAUGCCUUUUUCUAGAUUCAUUCAGUAACAAAAAUAGAG